GUCACCACUCAAAACUCCCGCGAGCUACGCGCGCGUGUCCCGUCCCAGAAUAGCUGCCCCGCCCACGCCCACGCUCACCACCGGCAUCCGGCAGCCGAUCCCCACCUCUCGCCAGAGCACCAACAAGAAACUACGCCGCGGCGCGCGCGCGUUGAGGCUAGGCGACGUGACGCGGGGGAGGAGAGGAGGGGGCACCGCCGCUGCGCCGGGCGCCGAUGGAGCUGUUCGAGCGCGCCAAGACAGUGCGGCUGCGGAGCCACCAUGACAAGUACCUGUACGCGGACGAGGACGAGACGCACGUGAACCAGGACCGGAACGCGUCGUCCCCGAACGCGCGGUGGCUCGUGGAGCCCGUGCCGCACUCCCCCGGCGUGCUCCGCCUCCGAAGCCGCUACGGCCGCUACCUCGCCGCCUCCAACGAGCCCUUCCUCCUCGGCGUCACCGGCCGCAAGGUGCUCCAGACGUUUCCCCACCGCCUCGACUCCUCCGUCGAGUGGGUCCCCGUCCGGGAGGGGGGGGCCCACGCGCACGCGGUGCGCCUCCGCACACGCUACGGCAACUUCCUCCGCGCCAACGCCGGGCUCCCGCCGUGGCGCAACUCCGUCACCCACGACGUCCCGCACCGCCACGCCGGGUGGGUGCUCUGGGACGUCGAGAUUGUCCAGGUCCUCCCGCCCCCAGGACCCGACUCUGCCGCCUCUGACGCCGCCGCCGCCUCCGUCUCCCCGCCGCCGUCUUACAAACCGCCCUCUCGCUCUCCCUCGCCAUCUCCGUCUCCCCUGCCCACGUCGGCGCUGAGGCCGCCUCCGCCGCCGCAUCACCGUCCGGAGAACUCGGCUCCAUUCAGAGCGCAGCCCCCGCCGCCGCCACCGGGCUACAUCGGGCCCCCCGCGCCCGGCCUGGCCAGGCUCGAGUCGACGGACUCCUUCUCGGUGCCGCUGCACAAGGUGGAGGGGCGGUUGAUCCACUACCACAUUGGGGAUGACAAUGGGAAUGUGAGCGACGAUGAAGGACACUCGUUCACGUUCAACGGGACGAGCCUGGGGGAGCUGCUGGAGAGGCUGAAGGAGGAGACGGGGCUCGAGGAUGUGAUCAUCUGCUCAAGGAGCCCGAUCAACGGGAAGCUCAUUCCGCUCCGCCUGCAGCUGCCGCCUGACAACGUUGCGAUGCAUAUCGUUCUUGUGCAGGAGUCGUCAAAAGUGGCAAAAACUUUUCUAUGACCUUCUGGUUCACAAAUUUGAAGAUGGUGGCAGUGGCGGGGCUUGAAUUAAAUGCAGCAUUGUGCAUCUCUUGUGUAUAUAUUUGUAAUAUCUGAUUGUACCAAUUCCACUGACUAACAUAAGUUACUGUUAUUCUUUCACCUCCCAUGGUUCUCAUAAGUAUUUGCAUUAUCUAUGUAUAUGUGCCAUCUCAUUCUCAAGAGUCGGAGUGAUCUUUGUAGCUGAAGACCCUUUGAAAUUUCCUAUACCAUAUAUUAAUCCAUUUGUUAACUCUAUAGUUUCCCCACUGUACGGUGGUUGUGCGCAUCUUCAGA